AUGGGCUGUGGGGUGUCUCACUUGCCUCUCAACGCUCUUGAGGCAAACUCGCCUCACAGAUCGAUGAAAGCCGCGUCCUGCGCCAACAAUUGUGUUAAUGGUUUUGCUGCUAACCUGACACCACUUGCAGAUGGGAUGCACGAGAAUGGCAUCGCGUCAGGGCUCACGCCGGAUGAUGGAGAAUCCGCUCACAGCACUGACUCGCCGCCGCCUCGUUUUUCGGUUGCCCACGAUGUGACUGGUGAUGAUAGCUGUGCGAAUGCUGUUCAUCACGCCGGUGGUCGGAAUGACGGUAAACAUGGCGGGGAACUUCCCUUUGAGUGGAGGCGCUCCGCCUCGCCCGUGCCUGAUCUCUCGGAGUACGCCACCCUCUCACUGCAUCACGUGCACAAGAAGUUGAAGCGUAAUCAUCGUGUGUUUAGAAUAUGUCUUACAGGUGGUCCUUGCGCGGGGAAAUCGACAUUUCUUACGCAACUUCAAGCGAAAAUGCCGCAGCGCACGGGGUACAAGGUUUUUUGUGUUCCUGAGGCGGCGACGCUGCUUGUGGCGGGCGGUAUGGAGUGGAACGGCGACCUCAUCGAACAGCAGCAGCUGGCACUUCUCCGCGUGCAGCUGGCGCUUGAGGAUCAGUUCUACAACGUGGCCAUGGCCUGUGGGGCGCCAAGUAUUGUUAUUUCCGACCGUGGAACGAUGGAUGGAAGUGCAUUUUGCUCCAAAGAGACUUUCAUGCGCAUAGUAAAGCAGCUAAAUGCCUCGGUGGAGGUGCUACGCGACCGCUACGAUGCGGUCAUUCAUUUGGUAACUGCUGCCUGUGGAGCUAGUGAGUAUUACAACAUGGACAACCCCGCUCGCUACGAAAGCAUUGAGGAGGCUGUGGAGUCUGACAAGAAGCUGCGGCAGGUUUAUAUUGGUCACCCCAUGCUGCGUAUUAUUGACAAUUCUACGGCGUUUGAGGAAAAGAUGGAACGAGGACUGGCGCUGCUCGGACAGAUUAUUGGACAGAAGUUUUCAAUGCGUAACACGUCAUAUUAUUUGCUGCGUCACUGCCCGAAGAAAUUGCCGGUGCGGAGCGUCGCAUCUACACUCACCAUCACGGUGCUGUGCAACAGCCACAUCAAUGAUGUUAGGCUCCUCAUUCGACGAGAGCAUCCCUCGGGCGAAUGUAUGUAUCUCUUUAACUCCAUUCGAAGUUUGGACAAAUGUAGCCCCAGCCAGCAACGUGGGGGGUCGGAUGGAAGCAUUAUGCGAGACGCAUCUUUAGCACCCCAUGAAGAAAUCCAGGCUAUGCAAAGUGCCUUCAUGGGCACCAUGGAGUCCAAUCACCGUGCUAAGAACGAGCAACGUAUCAGCGGUCGAGAGUACGCCAUUCUGAUGCGUCACCGCGACGCACAAAGACGUGAUGUCGUCCUGAAUGCUGUUCAGUUUCUUCACGACAAUGCCAGGUACGAAGUAACUACCAUCGUGGAGCCGUCGUGGGCCGCAGGAAAGCAAGCAUUGACGCUUGAAUGUGACGAAGAUGAAAAGGUGGCAUUCCCUUCGUUUGUCGAGGUGGACCGUGAGGUGCCGAUUGACAGUCUUUCCACUGCCUUCCUGAUAGCACACACAGAGAUGGGACCACUUUACACGUCACUUGCCUACGCUCCGGUGUUUGUGCGUGGCGUCGUGACGAGAGGAGCGUGUGCUGAUGCUGAGGGCAACUGUAUCCACAAAAACAGUGGUGGGGAGGAUAAUCACGUAGCCCCACAUGCCUCGAGGAGACAUGCUGAAGAUGAAGUAAAUUCCCAAAAAAAGGUGAAGCGGAAAAAGAGGCAGCAUGCCAAACGCACUGCUGCGAGUUAUGGGGAUGAGACCGUUGAUGCCGUAGAACCUUCCCCCAAUCAGUCCUCACUUGGCGCAAGUAAUGACGUGUCGGUACCACUAACACCACCGCCACCUGCUCCUCGUGUGCCUAGCGGCCCGCCCACCGCAAACCCUCGCGGAGCGAUAGCGAAUAUGCAGUAA